CAACUAUCUGAUUUAGCUAAUGUCUAUUACUAGUAUAUAAAUCUACAGUGGUUUUUACGGAUGUUUCGUUAUAACUACUGAACAAUGCAUCCGAUUGACUUGAAACUUGGUAUCCAUAUGUAGAAAACACAUGUACUUAGUGGAUAGGCUAAUAAUUUAUAUGAGUGUUUGACUCCCUAAUAAUAAUGACAAUAAAUAAUAAUGUUAAUUUUAAAUGCGCAGCCAAGCGGGCGAGUACGGUUAGUACUAUAUAAAAUUCCCAGUCGCAGUCUUGUAGCAUUGAUUUAUCAAAGUACCUAUAGGCAUCGUAUACACUUGAUACUUCUUCAAGGUAUCUUCAAACAAAGGCUUUUAAGCUUGAACAUUAUAUUCAGAUUGAUUUCCAAUCAAAAUGUUAUCUUAGUGCCAAGGAUUUGAUUAUCUACUUUUUGAGUAGCUGCGUCAGAGAGAUCGUAGGGUACGACAGCUGGUGGAUCGAUAUAAUUGAGAAUCUAGUCCAAUGUCUCUUUGUGCGUUGCGGCGUUCUUGUUAUCAUUUAUUCCACUGCCCAUCUUCUUCUUCUUCUCAAUCGCUCCCUCAUUGCUUAGGAUCGUGACUCCGUUUCAGCUUGUCGACUGCCAGCCUCCAUCAGUUCCGGUCAGUUGCCUGGUAUAGUGCAGCGCUAAGUGGUCCGCUGGUUUGCUCGGAGAUCUGGUCGGACCAACGUUUGAGGCUCCGGCCUCUAGAACGUUUUCCUUCUACUUUUCCAGUGGCCAUCAGACGUUCCAAGUUGUCUACACCUCUGCGGGCAACGUGGCCAAAGUAGCGCAUUAUGCGUUGCAGACAGAUGUUAGACAGGCGUUGAGCGUUCUCCAUUUUAAGCUGUUGUAGGACCGAGAUGUUCGUGCGGUGGGCUGUCCAUGGAAUCCUUAAUAGGCGGCGCCAACACCACAUUUCAAAAGCAUCAACUCUCUUUCGGUCAGCUUCUUUCUCCAUAGAGAACGAUUGGAAAGACCAUCUCUUGAAUGCUAUAUAGGCCGGUUUGUACAAAAUACUAUGCACGGAAUGGGCGAAUAUAAAUGGCAGCAUCAAGGUCCGAAUGAUAUAUUUGCUAGCUACGAAGGAUAUUUUUACGCCAAUACAAUGCAUGGUUACGGCACUAUGUCAUAUGCAGACGGAAGAGUUUUUAGUGGAUUAUAUUAUAACAAUAUGCGUUGGGGGCCAGGUAUUGAAUCCCAUAUUAAUUUACAAGAAAACGUGGGAUUGUGGCGGGGGAGUCAGUUGAUUCGUUUGGCCUGGCGACCACAAGCACCAAGCAUAACCCUGGACCUGACCUCGGCUGCUAAUGGAAAAGAUUUCGUUGAAUCGUAUCGCACUAUGCUCCUACCAAAACCAAGUACAGUUGAUGAAAUAAAUAGUGCUGUAGACUUAUUGAAGGAUUCCGGGUGUGACCCGUUACUGGCCUCAAAAAUAUGGCAUAAAUUAUAUCCUAAAAAUUGCACCAACGUGAAAAGCGCUGCUUGUAAUAUUCAACUGUUUGAACGUAAUUACUAUACUGAAGGCUGUUACUCUUUAGAAGAAUUACACGAAUGGAAUGAUGAGAUAACAGACGCAGAACCAAAUCUAGAAAUCCAUUACGCUUGGAAUAAUAGUAAAACAAUUUUGCACAUUAUGAAGCAUUGUUAUAGACAUGAAAAUCAAAGAUCGACUUAUAACAUAAAUAUAGCGGGCAUACUAAGUGGACAAAGAUUUUUGUUUAAAUCUCCCGGAAUACACGAAUUAAAUUGCAGGACGCUUCUGAUGGCCUCUUAUCUCGGAUACCUUUCCAAAGUAGCGCAACUUAUAAUGGAGAGCAACGUGCAUCCAGAUGUAGCAGACUGCCAAGGGAAUUCAACCAUUAUGUACGCAACUGCGGGUGAACAAGUUGAGAUAAUUCUAUUUUUGGUGGAGGUUGGCGCUGACAUUAAUUGUUAUAAUGACUCAUGUUGUACGCCGCUUGGUUUAGCUUUGAUGAAACUGCUAUGUGUCCAAAAUGAUAUACCCAUAUCGACAAUAGUUCAGUCUUUAUUACCACCAACUUCUACUCAACAGUCAUGUACAGAUAAAAUAGAAAAUGUGUCUGAAUGGAAUAUUGUGAGAGAGACACCUGCUCUCAGCCCUGGUCGACCUUUUACAAGAUCUCCAAGUAAAGUCAAAGCACCAAACACGAAAAAGCUAAAGUCUUCAAUUUCACUAAAGGACGCACCGAAAAGGAAACAAGAAUUAUUGUUUGAAAAAGAAAUAAACUCCGACACUAACUCUUUUGAGUCAUUUUCUGAUAGCGAAAGACUUUAUACCAGUAUAAACAGUGAAUUUAUAAUGAAGAUCGAUGAUUUAUUCCAACAAACAACAGCCAACAAUAUUCUGUUCUAUCUUUUCGAAGUGCACGAUAUGGUCAAAGAAGUAAUUGAAAACGAUGAAGAUCAUAAAAAAGCGACCGAGAAAAAUCCAAAGAAAGCAUUAUCUAAGGAAUAUAAAGUCAAAACGAAAUUAAGUAAAGAAUUGUUUCCACAAAUUGUUGAAGAUUCUUCAUCUAUCACUAGCGCGGAUAAAGCUAAAAAGGAGACUUUAGAUAGAAUUAAGCUUACGAUACUCCAGUUAUGUGAUAAUGGUGCGGAUCCUUGCUUAGUGAACUGUCCACAGCCAUCCCUGGUAAUGGCGAUACUCGCUAGUUGUCCGGAAAUAAUUUCUGAGCUUGUAAGCCGAGGAGCUGAUAUAAAUAUGAACUAUUCCAAUUUUAGAAAUUACACCGCUUUAGACUUGGCAAUUUCACUUCCAUUUACAUUUGUGAAUUUAGAAACGAUUCGUACCAUUCUAAAAGCCGGCGGAAAGGCAAACCAUUUACUGCAAAGUAUGGAGUAUCCAGAAUACGAUAAUAAUGGACCGACAUUGUUACACGUUGUUCUUUCAAAGACAACAGAAAGUGAUACUGAGGAAGAGAUACGUGGUCAUAUUAUAGCGCUCCUUCUAGAGCAUGACUGUGAUCCAACCAUUCAGUUCAAAGGGAGGUCACCUAUGGACAUUGCCCUUUCAAAGAGUUUGGAUAUUUUUGAUAUAUUUGUAAAAUCACCGAAGACCAAUCUUAAUACUGUUAUUAAUAAUAGCAAUCAAAAUGUUCUAGUGAAGUUGUUUGUCGCAAAUUUUUGUAAUACUUUAUCAUUGACGGAUAGAUUACAGAUCUUAACGAAUUUAAUGCAACGCGGCGCGAAUCCUUUGCUGGAAUGUUACAAUGGCUCUGAAAAAUAUCAGAAUUUAUUUGUUUUUGCAAAUAAAAUUAUGGAAAAUUUUGAAUCGCAGCCGAAACAGCACGAUACAAAACCGAAGAAAGCUGAUAAACCCAAGAAAGAGGACAAGCUAGCUAGUAAAUCUUUAGGAAAAUUAACCUCUGACGAAGUUGAAGAUUACAAACAAGCACUACAGUUGGUUAAGGAAUACGCCAGAUAUUUACAUAUCACGUGGAUACAGAUAAAACUGGUUAAGGAAUUGUCAGACAUAGUCCAAAGAUAUAAACACCGACACUGGAGCAUGAUCAUUAAGGAACAUAAAAAUUGGAAACAAAUGAAAUUAUGGGUAACAACACGAAGAUGUUUGGAGAUAUGGAACGUUUUAAGAAGUAGUCAGAAAUUUGUAAAUGGGAAGAAUAUUUUAAAAAACCUUUUGUGCAUUGUUGAAUUUUAUAAUGUUACGCCAUUUGGAAAAUCAUUAACAAAAAUUACUGCAGAAUUAAAAGACAGCGUAGAAAAACAAGUUAAAGGAAUUCUACGUGAACAAGAACUUAGUAAAGCUAUGUCAGAUUCCACGUUGUCUUAUGUUGCAUUUGAGCUGAAGGAAGAUGCAGAUCAAUGUUUCAAGGUCUGUUUUGAAUGUGCAAUGCCAUUUCAAGUUGAAAGAAUCGAAUGUUCAUGUUGUAAGCUUGUUUUGUUCUGUUGCGAAAAUUGUGUCAAAGUAAACGAAGAAUGCAUUAAUUAUCACCCUUGUAUUGCAAUCUUGAAGAAGUAAAUGGAUGACAUAAAACAUU